GGCAGCAUGUCAAGUCGUUUGUUUGUGACUAGUACAUUUUAACCUACUAAUAAUCUAUUUAUUUAUGGUUGCGUAACUUCGUUGUUGCGUAGUGCAAACUAUUUUAUUUUUGCUGGUGUAAAGAUCACGGGUCCUCCUCAACUCGGAACUUCAUUACUUGAAGUUUACCAAAGUAACCCUAUCUCUGGCUGGCCUGAGUUUCUCCUUCGUCCGCGGAGUGUCUUGUCCAAGCUGCUCCUUUUUGCUCUUCGCCUGGCUGUCAGUGGCAGCUCAACCCGUUCUCUCUAUCGCCCUCAACACCCAAUCUACUCACACGCGCAAACACUCACAUUGACUCACAUACACGCUGUCCCUCUCUCCACUUACCUUCGUUGGCCUCUUGUUUUUUGGUCAGAGAAAAUGACAAUUUACGUGGUAUUGCUUUGCGCACUGACUUUACUGAACUCUGGAGAAAACGAACAUUGUCGCAGGACAAGAUUGAUGAUGAGUUGGAGAUGACCAUGGUGUGUCACAGGCCUGAGGGUCUGGAGCAGUUGGAGGCCCAGACCAACUUCACCAAGAGAGAGCUACAGAUCCUCUACCGCGGCUUCAAGAAUGAGUGUCCGAGUGGAGUGGUGAAUGAAGAAACAUUUAAACACAUCUACGCCCAGUUCUUCCCCCAUGGAGAUGCCAGCACUUACGCUCAUUAUCUCUUCAAUGCAUUUGACACAACAAACAAUGGAUCCAUUAAGUUUGAGGAGUUUGUAAUGGGACUGUCUACACUGCUGCGGGGCACUAUGAGAGAGAAGCUGGAGUGGACUUUUCAUCUUUACGACAUCAACAACGAUGGAUACAUUAACAGAGAGGAGAUGACUGAGAUUGUGAGGGCCAUUUACGACAUGAUGGGGAAAUAUACCUACCCUGCACUCAAGGGAGAUGUCCCUAAACAGCAUGUGGAUGCUUUUUUCCAGAAAAUGGAUAAAAACAAAGCUGGAGUUGUGACUUUAGAGGAGUUCAUUGUCGCAUGCCAGGAGAGCGACCCACGAGCAACCAGGGUCAAGCACCUCGCCCAAGGGCACGUCGACAGAUCUCCCACCAAGUCAAAAUGGGGACCCGAACCAGCGACCUAUCGACCUCCGGCCCAAGCUCCCAACCGCCAGGCCACCAACCAUCCAAGAUCCUCCAACAGUUCUCAGAGAGCUGCCCCUCAACCAUCCGAGCUGCAACAUUCUGUCUUACCGACUUUCUCCUCUUCUCCCCUCAGGAUGAAAUGAUGAUGAGAUCCAUGCAGCUCUUCGAAAAUGUGAUGUAAAAAAGGAGCCGAUGGAAGGAAGGAGAGAAUUAGAUAAUGAGAGAGAUUGUGUGUGUGUUUCAGUGCAUUCAUGUGAGUGCAUGUGCGCGUGUGCGCAUGUGCUUGUGCGUGUGUCCACGCAUGUUUGUUUAUCCGUGCGUGCCUGUCAGAGUGGAUGAAUGUGGAUGUGUAUCUAUCUCUCUCAUCCUCUCAUCUAACUUGUCAGCAUUCAUGUGUUUGCCAAAUAAUGUCUCUGCCUGGCUACCUGCCUGGGUAUGGAUCAGACAAAGCCAGAACCGCUGAGAGAACCCUGGACUUGCUAGUCAUAUUGCUGAGCCUGGGAGUAUGCAAACGAAUUCACUGGAAAAUGCUUUCUGCCUUUUUAUGUGACAUAAAGGUUUGUAAAUCAGAUGAUCAUACAAUAUAGACUGCAGUGUGAUACAGCUGAGAACUCAAACUCAUACGCUGCUCCCCGAUUAGGCCUAUGUGGAAACUCCUGAAAGACUCCUGCCCCCUACCUGUCAAACACUGAAACCCUGCCGGGAUACUUUGGGUUCUUUUGACUCCGUUCUUUUUGCCAAAAUAGAUGCAUGCUUGAGCCAGAGGGAUUCCUCCCUCCCUACCAUAGAAAUAGAAUCAUGAUUCUACGUCUAUGCGCCCUACCAACCAUUUGUUUGUCCACUGACUUGGACCUUUAAACUCAUGCAUUCAGUGAUUGAUUUAUCGACAGCUAUGAUCUACAUAUCUGCUUAUUUAUUAAUGUGUUUAUGCGUGAAAAAUAUGAGGUUGUCCUAAUGCAUUAUUUGUUUGUUUUAAGUGUUGUGUGUUUCUGAUUCACUGUUGUCGUGGUGACCUCUGUACCUCUGUUGGCUUGGCUGUCGCACUCCUGUCUAUCCUUGUAAUUGUGUCUGUCCCUGACUGAUGCCUGUUCUACUGUAUGCUUAUAAAUACACCUAAUAGACUUGGUUUAUGACUGAUGAUAUAUCCUCUUGUAUGAUGGCUGGAUCUAAAUAAUUCUGGAAAAUGAACAUCUGAGUAAUGCAAUGUGAA